AUGGAAGUUUUUCACUGUAAAGACUGUGAUUUUAAGACGGAACUGCCACUUGUGUUUAAACAACACAUUAAUAAACAUGAUGGCCCUAAGAGAGAAUCAAGUGAGGAAACAUCUAGUGAGGAAACAUCUAGUGAGGAUUCCCGCAAAGAAAACUACGGUUGCGCCAAAUAUUACUUUGAGCCAAAUUUGUCGUUAAAGUUGUUUCAGCAUACUUCAGCAUGCACGGAAACGAAAGAAAAUCCUCAAAGUGUGAAUUCUUUGAAAGAGAGUGCCACAUACAGUUCCGACAUCAAACAAACUGACGAAAUACUGUAUUAUUGCGACAAAUGUCUCUACAAAUGUAAAAUAAAAAGUAAUUUAAUUCGUCACAUUAGAGUUCUCCAUUUGCACAGGGGGUAUGCAUGCGACAAAUGUCCAUUUAAAACUAGAUAUAAAUCCACUUUAAAAAUUCACAUAAAUAGAAUCCACUUAGAUGAACAAGAUGUUGAAUGGUACAAGUGCCAAAAAUGUCCAUUCAAGGCCAAAGCAAAAUAUACUUUAAGACAACACACUUUGAGCUUACACUUCAACGACGAAGAGUGGUAUAAAUGCAAAAAGUGUUGUUUCAAAACUAAGUAUAAAGAAUACAUAAAGGUACACCUACGUGUGAAACAUCUAGACGAAGAAAAAAUUAAAUGGUACGAAUGUGAAAAUUGCCCAUUCAAAGCCAAACUGCCAUCGUACUUAAAAAAUUCGGAUGAAAAAGAAGGUAAAUGGUACGCAUGUACGACCUGUUCAUUUAAAAGUAGAUGUGGGUCUAUUUUAAGGAGGCAUUUGAAGAUCCAUUCGAAGAUCAAAUCGUAUCAGUGCGACUAUUGUUCAUUUAAGACGAAACACCAUUAUUCUUUACAGCGUCAUAUAAAUACUCGUCAUAAGAAUGGAACGGAUGUUAAGGAGUAA